GUCAGCCAGAAUUUUCACUCUCCCAUCAUCUCCAUUAUUAUAAUUCCCCACACAGUUCAUCCCACAUCCCAUCUUCACCCCGCGGCCAACUUCUGGCUGGGAGCUGGGAGCUGGGCAGCCGGGACGUUUAUAUUUUCCUGCUCCUGUAAAGGUGAUACCCAGCAAACUUUGCAUUCUGUCCAUCGUAGGUACACAUUGUCCAGGACCAAGAAUCACUUGAUCUAUUCCACAGGCGUGGAGAAGAUUCUUCAGCCUCUCUGCACCUUUCCCAUUCAGAAAAGAGCAUAGUUCGUGAGACACCCGCAGCCACAUACGACUGAAUCUGCAGCCACCGACAUGCAAGCCAUGCCUCGGUAGGACUACCAGGUAUCGGUCCGAGCAGCUGUUCCUAAAUGGCCUGUCAGCUGGAUGCCUGUAUCCACGUUCUUUCUAGACUUUUGUCUUUCCAGGACAGUACCGUGGCACCCUUUCAGCCACAGCUCCACCUCCAUCAUCGCCUCUCCCCCCCGCUCACGUUCCCGUCAGAACCCGUGCAAGCAAUGCCAGGGGCCUAGGCAUCUCUUGGCUAGAUCUCCGGGCUUUGUAUGGGGCGGUUGAGGGGAUUCCUUGCACGCGGGGAACGGAGAAUGUCCAGACGGGGUAUGGUUCAUCUCCCAUUCAUGUGUGCCAGACCCGGGCAAUGUUCGGGGGCAAGUUUGGCCUUUAGGACUAGACCUUGAUUCUGCAUAUUGCAUCCUGGGAAGAAAGAUUUAAGUACCAAACGGGAAGCCCUCGUCAUUCACUCCCAGUUCAUGCUCGAGGUCAAGCUCAAGCGAUCGCUUCCUUUCGUCUCUGUUUUUGUUUAGUCGUUGGUUUGAAACGGCCUUCAUCAUGUCUGCUCCUAAGCCCAGUGAUACUGCUGCUGAGCACUAUGAGAGUACCAAUGCUCAACACGUCUCGAGGGACAUUGACGAGAAGUUUGCGUCGGGGAAUGUCGUCCAGAUCCAAGCUGCGUCGGUUGCUUUGGCUGCUGCUGUAGCUACCCAGAAGCCAUCUCUUUGGUCGAAAAGCAUGUUGCAGCUAUACUUCAUCAUGGGCAUUGGAUACCUCGUGUCGACCAUGAAUGGAUUCGAUUCCUCCCUCAUGGGCAGCAUCAACGCCAUGGAACCUUACCUUAAAACCUUCAACAUGGAUACAGCGGGCUCGUCGACCGGUCUCGUCUUCAUCAUCUACAAUCUAGGCCAGAUCGCUGCUUUCCCAUUUUGUGGAAUGCUUGCCGAUGGCUAUGGAAGACGGAUCUGUAUUUUCGUGGGAUGUGCUAUUGUAUUGGUCGGCACAGCUGUUCAAGCCUCGGCUCAUAAGCGAGAGCAAUUCAUGGGCGGAAGAUUCGUCCUUGGCUUUGGCGCUGCACUUGCGUCGGCUGCUGGACCUGCUUACACUGUCGAGUUGGCCCAUCCUGCGUACAGAGGAACCAUGGCUGGAAUGUACAAUAACUUCUGGUGGCUGGGAAAUAUCCUUGCUGGAUGGACGACUUACGGAUCUAACAAGAAUCUCACAUCUUCUUGGGCCUGGCGAAUCCCCACCCUCGUGCAAGCCGGCCUCCCCUCCAUCGUGAUGGUACUCAUCAUGUUCUUCCCCGAAUCACCACGUUGGCUCAUCGCCCAAGAUCGCCGGGAGGAGGCCCUCGCCAUAUUCGCCAAGUACCACGGUGAAGGUGACGAGAACUCGCCUGUCGUACAGCUGCAAUAUCAUGAGGUUAUCGACAAUUUGCAUGCCACCAAGGAUGACAACCCAUGGUGGGAUUUCAGAGAGCUGGUCAACACGCGGGCUGCCAGGUAUAGACUGUACAUGGUUAUUGGAAUGAGUUUCUUCGGGCAGUGGUCUGGGAAUAACGUUGUUUCGUACUUUAUGCCCUCCAUGAUCAAAAACGCCGGCAUCACAGAUAAAAACAAACAACUCCUCAUCAAUGCCAUCAACCCUAUCUUCUCCAUGAUGGGCGCCGUCUACGGCGCUACCCUCCUCGACCGCCUCGGCCGCCGCUUCAUGAUGCUCGCCGGCCUCACCGGCGCCCUCUUCUCCUACAUCCUCCUCACAGCCUUCACCGCCUCCUCCGAGCACAACCCCUCCCUCUCCUACGGCGUCAUCGUCUCUAUCUUCCUCUUCGGGAUAAUCUUCGCAUGGGGGUUCACACCCUUACAAACCCUCUACGCAGUGGAGUGUCUCGAGAACCGCACGCGCGCGAAAGGGUCCGGCCUGAAUUUCUUAUUCCUCAAUAUUGCCAUGGUGGUCAAUACGUAUGGGAUCAGUGUGGGGAUUGAGGCUAUUGGGUGGAAGUUGUAUCUGGUUUAUAUUGGCUGGAUUUGUGUGGAGAUUGCGACGAUUUAUUUCUUUUUUGUGGAGACGGCGGGGAAGACGUUGGAGGAGAUGACGGAGAUUUUUAGUGCGAGGAAUCCGAGGAAGGAGAGUACGAAGAAGACGAAGAUUGAGGUUGAUGAGACCGGGAGGGUGGUGGGUGUGGAUGCUUAGGCGGGUGUAUACAUGGUGUUGGGCCAGGGAGUCUGGUGGGCUGGGG